CUGAACGAAGGUGAAAAUACUUGAACAAUCUCACGAGAAAAUAUGAGAUUUUACUGAUUAUUGUUUACAUUGCAAAAACGUGAGAACCGAACCGAAUCGAUCCGGAUUCAACUGAAACGGCUUGCAACAGCACAACUUCCGAAACAGAUUGGUUUCUCCCCUGCAGCGAGGAGGGCGACUGGAGCCGAACUUUGUUUUGAUCGACCUGAAAGCCAGGACCCGAAAUUCAUCUCACCACCGGGGGAGAAAAAGAUAGGGGGUAACUAAGGCUGGGUUAAGUACAUCAUUUAUACCAGGUGAAAAACGCAGAAUCUCGAGGGUCGCCAUUGUGUGGAAGGAAGGAACCCGACAUAGGCACGGUAUGGUCCUCGGGGAGAGGGAUCUGAUGGGGAUCCCCGCCUAAGGAGUACAGAAAGGCGGGUUUGGGAUACCCGGAGUUGUCGAGGCCUCCGAGGGAAUCCUCCGUCGUCUACCUUGAGCUUCACCGCGCGCUCCCGUGUCUUGAUCGUUAACAAUCAGCACGCGAGGGACGCGGCUGUGGAUGCGGCCUAGCCUGGGAGGGUCUGCCGAGCACCGGGGAAACAACGGGGACGCGUUUAGGGUUAACAACAGGCCCUCCGGAGGACCGAGAAAAUAUUCAGUUACACCAUGAUGGAAGAACUGCAUAGCCUGGACCCCCGACGGCAGGAGCUGUUGGAGGCUCGCUUCACUGGGGUUGGUGUGGCUAAGGGCUCAGGUCAGAAUCAAAAUGAGUCAUCCAAUCAGAGUCUAUGCAGUGUGGGUUCGCUCAGUGACAAAGAGCUAGAGACACCUGAGAAGAAGGCGAAUGACCAGAGAGUGAGAAAACGGAAAGCAGACCACUUUGACAGUAGCCAAGGCAAAGCAGGAGCAAGGGGCCAUAAAAUUAGUGAUUAUUUUGAGUUUGCGGGAGGUAGCGGUCCUGGUACCAGCCCUGCCAGGGGAAUUCCACCAGUGGUCCGCUCUUCCCCACAACACUCCCUCUCCAAUCCCCCUGUCACGGUGCAGCAGGGAAGCCCCUCCUCAGUCAGCUCGGCCAACACAGAGCACUCGUCGUGUUCACUGAAGCCUGCUUCUCUUCACGUGCUCCACAAAGCCACACAGUCUGACCUUACUAUAGAGAAACUAACAGCAAUGGAGAACAACAAGAACUCUGACCUGGAGAAGAAGGAGGGCCGAAUAGACGAUUUGCUUCGGGCGAACUGUGAUCUGAGGAGACAGAUUGAUGAACAGCAGAGGAUGCUGGAGCGAUACAAGGAACGCUUAAACAAGUGUGUUACCAUGUCUAAAAAGCUGCUGAUUGAAAAGUCCAAACAGGAGAAGAUGGCAUGCCGGGACAAAAGCAUGCAGGACAGGCUUCGACUGGGUCACUUCACCACAGUGAGACAUGGAGCGUCAUUCACUGAGCAGUGGACGGAUGGAUAUGCCUUCCAAAACCUUAUCAAACAACAAGAAAGGAUCAACUCCCAGCGAGAGGACAUUGAAAGGCAGAGGAAGCAAUUGGCCAAACGCAAGCCGCCCUCUAUGGCCCAGACUCCACCUCCAAGCCUGGAGCAAAACAAACGUAAAAGCAAGACCAAUGGAACAGAAAGUGAAGCGUUAUCACAGGCAGAGUACCAUGAGCAAGAGGAAAUCUUCAAGCUAAGACUAGGCCAUCUUAAGAAGGAGGAGGCUGAGAUCCAGGCGGAACUGGAGAGGUUGGAGCGAGUGCGGAACCUGCACAUUCGUGAAUUGAAAAGGAUCCACAAUGAGGAUAAUUCCCAAUUCAAAGAUCACCCUACGCUAAAUGACAGAUACCUGCUACUCCAUUUACUUGGACGAGGAGGUUUCAGUGAAGUUUACAAAGCCUUUGACCUAACGGAGCAAAGGUAUGUUGCGGUCAAAAUCCACCAGUUAAACAAAAACUGGAGGGAUGAGAAGAAGGAAAAUUAUCACAAACAUGCAUGCAGAGAAUAUAGAAUCCAUAAAGAGCUGGACCACCCACGAAUAGUUAAACUGUACGACUACUUUUCGCUUGACACUGACUCGUUCUGCACGGUCCUGGAGUACUGCGAGGGCAACGACUUGGACUUCUACCUGAAGCAGCACAAGCUAAUGUCAGAGAAAGAGGGCCGCUCCAUCAUCAUGCAGAUUGUUAACGCCCUCAAGUACCUCAAUGAGAUCAGACCGCCCAUUAUCCACUACGACCUUAAACCUGGCAACAUCCUCCUGGUGAACGGCACUGCCUGUGGGGAGAUCAAGAUCACAGACUUUGGCCUGUCGAAGAUCAUGGAUGAUGACAGCUACAACUCAGUGGACGGGAUGGAGCUGACGUCACAGGGAGCAGGAACAUACUGGUACCUGCCCCCCGAGUGCUUUGUGGUCGGGAAGGAACCGCCCAAAAUCUCCAACAAGGUGGACGUGUGGUCCGUGGGAGUUAUUUUCUACCAGUGUCUGUAUGGCCGAAAGCCCUUUGGCCAUAACCAGUCCCAGCAGGACAUCCUGCAGGAGAACACCAUCCUGAAGGCAACAGAUGUGCAGUUUCCUCCUAAACCAGUAGUCACACCUGAAGCUAAGGCCUUUAUAAGGCGUUGUCUAGUCUACCGUAAGGAGGACCGCAUCGAUGUGCACCAGCUGGCCAGUGACCCCUUCCUCAUGCCCCACAUCCGCAAGUCAGUGGCCUCCUCGGGCACCUUGGGCAUGGCCGUGGCCUCCACAUCCAGCUCCUCCAACAGCAGCGCCUCAAACUGAGCCCACGCCCCUUAACUGAACCAUUUGAACGAGUCGAGUGGGUGGGGGUGACGCCAUACUGUGUCCCCCCACCCAACAGCAUCCCACUUUGCCAUGAAGAGUCCAAGAGAAGCUGGUCAGAUGACGGCAAAGGGUGCAUGAGAAGUCAUGGAUGGGUGGAGAAGGGAGAACCAUGUCACCCUUCAUCCCUCUCAUGUCCACCCACCCCAGCCUGCCUGUCCUCCUUUCUCAAAAGGGUGGCAUUGUUCUGGGGGUCAAAGCCCUGGACGACUCACACAGCAAAGGGCGAGGUUUGGCACAGGUUUGGCACUGCUUUGGCACUGCUUUGGUUAACAGUGGGGUUCAGUGUUUGGAAUUUUCUUUUCUGCUUAAAAAAAAAAGAAAAUAAAAAGAAGUAUAGAACUGCUUCAGCUUGACCAGAUGGAAAGGACUGCGGAAGGCCUCAUACCCAUACGCACUCACACACGUACACCCAUGCAUGAGCCAUUCUGGUCCGAGGUAGUCUGAACUCCCCAAGCUCAAACACUUUUGUUUGUUCUCAUCUCCCUGAACCUAACUGAGAGAACCAGUCUGGCCUGUUAUUGUAUCGAACCCUAAAUAUAUAUGGCACUGUGUCAUCCAACUUGCUGUUCUGGGAUCCUCUGCCCCACUUAAAUUCCAGACCCAGAUAGUUUGUGACGAGGAGGGGACAGGCGCUACUAUCCCCUCUGCACCCUCCCUCCCAUCUCCUCGUCAAACUCCUGUGACCAAAGCUUAUAACUUCCAGUUGGUGGCAGUGUUCCACCUCAGUUUUUAUAAUGAAUGGUUUUAGAGUCGUGUUACGUGAUAUGGAGUGGAAGCUGUUGAGGAAUGAUGACCCCCUUUUACAUUUUUUUUAAAAACACUUUUCAAUUUAAGCAGUUUUAUGGAGAAAACUGUUGUGUUUUUCAAGUUGCCUUUAAUUAGAACUGUUAUUGUUUUUGAUUGACCCCCACCCCCCAUCCCCACCCCACCAUAAACACACAUAUUUAUUUAGGUAUGUUUUGAAUUUAUUUUUGGCCAAUAAAAUGCAAGGGACUGGUUUAACCUUAUUGUACUGUGGGGGAGAUUGGGCCUUAGCAGACAGUUGCAUAAACCAUUAAAUACUAUUGGUUAAAAUGU